UGCUUAUAAACACUAUCAGUUUGUAAAUAUGGAGAAAAGAAAAUCAAAUGUUACACUGAUCAUCAGCCUUUGCUUUAUCAUCAUAUCACAUUGUUUGUUGGUUCAUUCUCGUGAGCUAGCUCAGUACUCUCAUUCGCCAUCACCAGCUCCAGCAAUGGUAAUUGGCAAAGGAAGAAAUGGAAGGGCAAAAGGGUCAUAUCCUGCAAAAUGCCAUUUGAAGUGCAACCAAUGCAAACCUUGCAUGCCAAUUGAAGUAUCUAUUAGAUCAAUGGAGUUGCAAGAGAAGGAUUAUUAUUAUCCUCAGGUGUGGAAAUGUUUAUGUGGAGAUUAUAUUUUCUCUCCUUAAUGCUUGUAAAAUUAUAAUUUUUCUUAAUUCAGUUUAACUAAUUGUAAUUGGUGAUAUAUAAUCAAUA